AUGGCUAUCACAGACCUCUUGGCUGCUUCUGAUAUUUCUACUGCCAUUAAUGCAUGUAAAGCAAAGGAUUCUUUCUGUCCAAAGACGUUUUUUGCAACAGUGGGCUUGUCAAAGAAGUCCCCUUCUGAGAUAGAGAAUGUCUUUAAAAUACUGGACCAAGACAAGAGUGGGUUCAUUGAGCAGGAUGAGUUACAGUUGUUUCUGCAGAACUUCUCUAAAGGAGCACGUGCUCUUACGGCAGCUGAAACCAAGGCCUUUCUCAUGGUGGGAGAUAUGGAUGGGGAUGGAAAGAUUGGCUGGGAAGAAUUCUCAGCCCUUAUUAAUGCUUCCUGAGACCAGCUGUGACUGUCAAACUCUUUGAAGAAAAGAAAGCAUAGUUUUGCCACUGGGUUCUUUUAGUUGUUGUUUUCAAAGCUGGGUUUUGAGGGUUG